GGUCGUCUCCGCUUUCAAUUUUCAUUCAGUCGCAACAACGACUACUCUUUUUGAAUCUCUUUUUCCUCUUCCUUUCUGCGUCGAAGCUCUCGAACCGGAUCCAAACCAAUACCUCAAUGGUUUCUCUCACGGGAAAAUCUAGGGUGGGCUCAACUCGAGCCUCUGUUGGCGGUGGCCAAUCUCGUCCAAGUGUGGGUGGUAGGAACUUCAAGGUUUUUUCAGAAAUUGACCGGACUAAAGUUGGUGAUGGGAAUAUGACAUAUGCAAGAGGAGCAGGUGCAAGUGCAACUGCAAGGAGUACUGUGGUAGCUAACAAAAGGGUUAUUCUUAAUAGCACCAGUAGUCCAAAGGGCGGUCUCAAAAAAAGUAUGGAUAAAAGUAGUGGCAAAUAUGGUACUUCUGUAGGAAGUACAAAUGUGAGAAAGGCAUUAGCUGAUGUAAGCAAUGCUCAAGAAAAAUUCACAACAGCCGUGGUAGCUAACAAAGGGGUUAUUCUUAAUAGCACCACUAAUCCAAAGGGCGGUCUCAAAAAAAGUAUGGAUAGAAGUAGUGGCAAAUAUGGUACUUCUGGACCUGGAAAUACAAAUGUGAGAAAGACAUUGGCUGAUGUAAGCAAUGUUCAAGAAAACUUCACAACAGCUGUUGGCAUUGCCAGCUCAAAAAUGAAGGUUCCUGCAGGUUCAAGUUCCAAAAUAGCGGGUGUAUCUUUGAGGAAAUCCUUCACGGGAAGGGUGCAAAGAUAUACAAGGAAAAGUGUUGUUCAGUUAGAUGCACUCAAUAGAGAUGAUCAGAAGAAUAAUACAAAUGGAGGCCAAUCAGUUAAUGCCACAAAGGACAGGUUUACAAGGAAGCCUAUUGCUACAAGCUCAUCAAGGAAGUCUUUACCAGUAUUGAGGAGGGUAAGCAGGGAAGAUACGAGUAACACAAAGGAAAAUGUUAGAAGUUCUCAAACAGCAAAAGGCCAAAGUGGUCUCCCCACUAAGGCAACCACAAACAGAAGAGAUAGUUCCCAACUGAUUAACUCAAGAAGCCAUUUAUGGAAGUAUCGAGUGAGUGAUGGUUUUGUUCAAAUGGUUCAACCUAAUGUUUUACAUGCAUCCUCAAGGAAGUCCACCAAGCCUAUUGUUAAGACCACAAUCAAGGCUGUCACUGCUCAAAGGACUUUAAAAUCUAAAUCCAGAUUGUCUCAGAACAAAUUAGAAUCAACGACAGCAACAUCAUCUCAGAACAAAUCCCUAUCAGCUCAGAAAAAUCUAGAAUCAACUACUGUGACAUCAUCUCAGGACAAGGAAUCAGUUUCUCUGUCUCUUCCUGAGAAAAGUUUGACAGUUUCUGAUGAUACAAAUCAAAGUUGUCUUCCAUCUGGAGAGAGCAAUCUGACAACAAAUUUGUUAGAGUUAAUUCCAAGGAAAAAAUCCUUCCGCCGGAAAUCAUAUACAACUUCAUUAAUUGAAGGAUCUAAGAUUCUCAAGGAAAGUGGUGAUGUUCGAGAGCAGGAUAACCUACCAAAUAUAGAUAAUGAAUGCAAUCAACUUGAAGUUUCUGAAUACAUUGAUGACAUAUAUCUGUACUAUUGGGUUACUGAGGCACAUAAUCCACUUCUAGCAAAUUACAUGUCAAUUCAGACAGACAUUUCACCUCCUUUGCGGGGCAUUUUGAUCAACUGGCUUAUUGAAGUACACUUCAAAUUUGAUUUGAUGCCAGAGACACUGUAUCUCACUGUUACGUUGUUGGAUCAAUAUCUUUCCCUAGUGACUAUCAAAAAGACCGAUAUGCAGUUAGUUGGCCUUACAGCACUUUUACUUGCCUCAAAGUAUGAGGAUUUUUGGCAUCCUAGGGUCAAAGAUUUAAUUAGCAUCUCAGCGGAGUCAUAUACCAGAGAUCAAAUGCUUGGAAUGGAAAAACUUAUUCUUAGAAAAUUAAAGUUCCGUCUUAAUGCUCCUACUCCUUAUGUUUUUAUGGUGAGGUUUCUAAAGGCGGCGCAAUCAGAUAAAAAGCUUGAGCACAUGGCAUUCUUUCUGGUCGACCUAUGCUUAGUUGAAUACGAAGCUUUGGCAUUCAAGCCUUCAUUACUUUGUGCAUCAGCUCUCUAUGUUGCACGAUGUACUUUGCAAAUAACUCCACCAUGGACCCCACUACUUCACAAACAUGCACGUUAUGAAGUUUCACAGAUCAGGGAUUGUGCGGAUAUGAUACUGAAGUUCCACAAAGCUGCCGGGGUUGGAAAGUUGAAGGUUAUAUAUGAAAAAUACUCUAGACAGGAACUCAGUAGGGUUGCAGCAGUGAAACCGUUGGAUAAACUUCCAUGGACUCCCACUACUUCACAAACAAGCACGUUAUGAAGUUUCAAAGAUCAGGGAUUGUGCGGAUAUGAUACUGAAGUUCCACAAAGCUGCCGGGGUUACAUACGAAAAAUACUCUAGACUGGAACUCAGUAAGGGGGUUGCAGCAGUGAAACCGUUGGAUAGACUUACCCUGUGAUUUGAACUGUGCUCUUAUUAAACCUGAUAUAUAAUAUGAUAUUCGGAUGAAUUUUUAAAUUGAAAAAAUCUAAAGGCUAUAUUUUAGUAGAGGUUUUUUCUUUCCAGGUUGCAUGUACAACCUUGGUUCUAGAUGGGAUGCUGUGACCACAUUUAUGAUGACAUAUUUGCAUUAAGAUAGGAGUUACGUUGAAAAAAUCUCAAGGUUUUAUUUUGGUAGAGGUUUUUCUUUCCAGGUUGGAUGUACAACCUUGGUUCAACUUGUAAUGGUUCGUUUUUAUUAGAAACAUGCUUUUGGUGAUUUACUUAUACUGAUUAAGUUCUUU